GGAACAAACAAUCAUAUGAACAUUAGUUUGGAUAAAUAGCAAAGAUUGACACAACAAACCUAGCAUAAGGCUAACAGGAGCAAGUUCAGGCGGUCUUUAAUAAACCACGCCUCCGAAAAGUUAUAUUGCCAAUGGGAUUCGGCCUUUAUUUAAACGUCAAUAUAGAUUGACGUUUACGUAACCCAAUUGGAGUCGCAGAAAAAACGUGAACCCUGGCGGAGAUGGGCGGUAACUAACCGCAAGUCAUCGACUAAAAUGUCUGACGGUGCGGAGUCCCCAACCGAGGCGCAGAAGGAAGAGUUACACUCCCCGGCCGAAGACACGGUGACAAGUGAAGAGAAGAAGAAGAUUGAUGUCCUAUUGAAAGCAGUUGGGGACACCCCCAUCAUGAAAACAAAGAAAUGGGCAGUGGACAGGGGCAGGACGGUCCAAUCACUUGCACAGUUCAUCUCCCGCUUCCUCAAGCUUGAUGCUAAUGAACAACUGUUCAUCUACGUUAACCAGUCUUUUGCUCCAUCGCCGGACCAAGAAGUGGGGAUCCUCUUUGACUGUUUUGGCAGCGAUGGCAAACUGGUUCUGCAUUAUUGCAAAUCUCAAGCAUGGGGUUAAUACACAUUUAACAUGCUGUGUUGUUUAUGUAUAUACUGUAAAUAAAUUCUUGACACAUUGC